AUGGAUCCACAGAGCAGUACCGGACGAAACACAGAUGUUGAGUUUGAAGACGCUCGAUUGGUCGGUGAUCAGGUUCAAUUAUCUGCUUAUCAGAGAGUUACGAUUGAUGAAGUUAGAAAUCCUAAUUCUGCAAAUGCAAAUGCAAAUACAAGUGGUGUAAAUGAGUUUUUGAAUGAUAAAAGGCUUUAUAUUCCGGAGGUUGAAGCAUCAGCUACACGUGUGGUUGGAAUGCAAUUUAGUUCUCUCGAACAAGCAUACGUGUUUUACCAAACAUAUGCUACGUUAGAUGGUUUUUCUACUCGCAAAGGUGGUGAAGUACACAGUGGUGGUAUAACCAAAACUAAGUAUUUUGUUUGUUCUAAAGAGGGACAUAAGCCAUUGUUUAUUGACGAUGCUUAUUCGAAAUCAUAUACAGUCAAGAAAUUUGUUGAUGGCCAUAAUCAUAAGUUUGUAUGUCCACACGAUAUUCAUAUGCUGCCAGCUUACAUGCAAUUGUCAAAAGUCCAGGAGGAAGUGAUACGGGAACUAGGUACUCUAAACCUUGGCCCUGUCAAAGCUUUUCAUAUAAUGAGGAAACGAUACGGUGGUUUCGAGAAUGUUGGCGCCACGGUCGAUGAUUGCAAAAACUUUAAAACUCGAAUUAAUAGUUAUAUAGGAGAAUAUGACACUGACAUGGUGAUCAAUAGGUUAACUGACAAAAAAGAAUAUUUAAUUGAUUUUUCGUUUGAAUAUUCUGUUGAUGAGAACAAACGGUUAACUGGUUUGUUCUGGGUCGAUGGGAUAUGCAAGCGUAACUUUAUGGAGUUCGAGGAUGUGAUAUCGUUUGAUGCUACUUUCAAAACAAACAAGUAA